UCCCACGGUCUCACUCUCACCCCCAAACCCAAAUCCCCAAACCCUAACCACAGCACCUACCUCCUCCUCCUCCGCCGCCGCCGCCAUGGCAGGAGCAGGAGUCGGCGGCCGCAAGGCUCGCAACUUCGCGACCUUUCGCCUAUUCCCCCGCGACGGUGCCGCCGACCCCAACGACCGCGUCUUCGUCCGCGUCGACAACAACGCCUACACCAUCCCCGGCUUCGGCGACGACGAAGACCCUUCCCUCUCCCCCACCGCCGCCGCCGACCAAUUCCCUUCCUCCACCUCUGCCCCCCUCCCCGACCACGUCCGCCAGCAGAUCCUUGAGCUCGGCCUCCCCGACGAUGGCUACAACUACCUUCUCCAUCUCCGUGAGCUGCGGCCCUCCGCUGUGGCCUCCUCCUUCGUGCCCAGCCAUACCGCCCGCCCAGAGCAACUUCCCCUGGACGUCAAGGCCUAUGAUGCAAGCAAGGUGCGGGUUUCUUCUGGCAAGGUCGAGGAAGAGCUGGACGAGGGGAGGACCAUGUGUAAGGUGGCCGCAAAGACGGCACCGGUGAGGCGAGUUGAGAAGGCCGUCGACCCUGACGUUGCAAGGUUGCUCGAUGAGAGCGAGGAUGAGGGUUUGGAGGAGGAUUUCGUCAUCAUGGCAAACCAAGCCGAAGGGGAUGACAUGGAGGAUGAAAGUGAGGAAGAGGGUGGUGGUGUGUUCAGUGAUGUGGAAAAUGAUGAGGAGUUCGACAAUGAAGAGGAUGAGCCCAAGCCGAGGGUGCCACGAUUGCUGGAUGAACAAUUUGAUUUGCUUGCUCUGGAAGAGUAUGGAGCUAGUGAUGAUGAUGAUGGAGCUGUUAGAGAUGGGGAACAUGAACUCCCAACAGAGGUUAUAGAUGAAUUGAAGUUGUUCCACAAUCAAAAUGUAUGUGUUGAUGAAGAAUAUAGAACACCAGCAGAUUUUGUUCGUGGAAAACUUGACUCAACCACCGCUGAGGAGGUGGAUGAAUCUGCUAAUGUGAUCCAAAAGUGUGCUGAAUAUGCUGAAAGGUAUUUAAAUGAAACUGCAGAAGAUGAAGAGGUCUUGCUUGUUUCAGAAAGCAGUGAUGAAUCUGAAGUUUGGGACUGUGAGACCAUUGUUUCCACGUACUCUAACUUGGACAAUCAUCCUGGCAAAAUUCAAACUCCAGGAAAUCCUAGAAAUCGUCUUCCCAAAGUUUUCCCUGGGGAAACAGCAACAACGAAAGAUAUCAUCAAGCUUCAUGGUAAAGAGAAACUUCCUGUAGAUUACCUGCCACAGAGGAAAAGAAAAGUUGAAAAGGAGAAGAAAGCAAAGCCCACAGAAGCUUCAGAUGCUGAAUAUUAUUUUGAAAAGGUAGUAGUUCAGAAGGAAACAAAAGAUGAAAAGAAAGCUAGAAAGUCCGCGGUAAAAGAAGAGAAGAGAGAAGCCCGGAAAGCAAAGAAAGAGCUGAAAGAACUGUAUAAAUUUGAAACACAGAAGGCUCAGAAAGUUGCCGCUGUUACAGGACCAUCUUCCAUACGGCUAAUAUAAUUGUCCUGUGUCAUAUGUAACAUGUUUCCUACAUCUGCUGAACGGUUGAAGCCUUGAAGACAGUGGUCCAGAGCAAGAUAGGUUGUCCCAUUCUCUGGACUGGAGGCAGUGAAUGAUUUUGCUUGGCGUUACCUUUUUACUGCCGAAUGUAUGAGUUUUGUGUUACCUUAAUGAGCACACCAAGUGAAUCAAAUGGGCGAAUAAUUUUGUGAGCUUACACAGAAA